AUGCCAACUGCCCAGAUUCUUGAGUCCCAGAUCGCGGCUCUUAGGCAUGAGCUCGAUAACAGCGUGCACACUUAUGAUUUUGUCGAGGGAACCGUUUCUGCCCCCUUGGCCCCUGAACUUCGAGCCUUUUUCCCCACCAGUCAAACAUAUUUCGACUAUUUUUCUGUUGAAUCGGCCGACAGCGUUCGCAAGGCCCUGGAAGACUUGUCGCGCUUUAUCGAGGUAGAGGGUCCGUACGACGGAAUCAUGGCCUUUUCGAUGGGUGGUAGUUUAGCGGCCACCUACCUCGUCCAGCAAGCCAUACGCCACCCUGAGAGACCCCUGCCUUUCAAAUGCGCCAUAUUUCUUUCUGGCGCAAACCCAAUUGACCCCAUCGGACUGGAGGACGGUCAGGUCAGGUUAUUGAAUCCGGAGCUUGACGGUGAUCAACUCUUGGCGGGUUUCCCUACUGCACACAUUUGGGGCCGCGCUGAUAAGGAGUACUGCCAAGGAAGCGAGGCACUCUUUGCGUUGUGCGAUCCAAAAGAACGCACGGUAUUUCUCCAUGAGGAAGGCCAUACCGUUCCGGGCGCAAGGGCCAAGGAGGAACUAUUGGCAAGCGUCAGGGUGAUUCGCAGGACGAUCGGGAGGGCGGUGAUGGCGGCUUAG